CUUCUCUAUUCAGAAACACUAAAACCCUAGAAAAAACUCACUUGCUUAACUCAGUCACACACACACACCCACUUCACUAAAACCCCAAUCAUUCUCUCAGAAUCAAAAUCCAUUUCUGAUUUACUCUCUCUUCAUUUCUCUCGAACCCAAAAAAUAAAAAACCAUGUCCCUCACCACUCGUCUCCGCCACUCCCUCACCUACUCCCACCGCGUCGCCACCCACCUCCAUCACUUCUACUCCACCUCAUCCAUCCUCUCCCAAAACUCCUCCACCCCACUCUCCUCCAAGUCCAAGACCCGAUCGGCACUCUCCCUCCUCAAAUCCGAGCAAAACCCACACAAAAUCCUCGAAAUCUGCCACGCCGCUUCUCUCACCCCCGAGUCCCACCUCGACCGCGUCGCUUUCUCCGUCGCCAUUUCCAAGCUCUCCGAAUCCAACCACUUCGACACAAUCCGCCAGUUCCUCGACGACCUCCUAACCUCUCGCCCCGACCUCAAAACGGAGCGUUUCGCUUCUCACGCUAUCGUUCUGUACGGUCAAGCCAAGAUGAUCCCACAAGCCAUUGACACUUUCAAGCGAAUUCACGAUCUGGGUAUUCCUCGAACCGUUAAAUCUCUCAACGCUUUGCUUUUUGCUUGUCUUUUGUCUAAGGAUUACAAGGAGCUGAACCGGGUUUAUAUUGAGUUUCCGAAGUUUUAUGAGAUUCUGCCGAAUUUGGAUACGUUUAAUACGGUGAUUAAAGGGUUUUCGGAAUCGGGUUCGACCAGUUCUGGGUACUCUGUCUUGGCUGAGAUGGAGAGGAAGUCUGUGAAGCCGAAUGCCACUACUUUUGGGAAUUUGCUUGCUGGGUUUUAUAAGGAGGAGAAGUUUGAGGAUGUUGGGAAAGUUUUGAAAUUGAUGGAGAGCCAUGGAGUGAAUAGGGGUAUUGGUACUUAUAACAUUAGGAUUCAGAGUUUGUGUAAGUUGAAGAAGUCUUCUGAGGCUAAGGCUUUGAUGGAUGGAAUGUUGUCGAGGGGGAUGAAGCCGAAUUCGGAUACUUAUUCCCAUUUGAUUCAUGGGUUUUGUAAGGAAGGGGAUUUGGAGGAAGGUAAGAAGCUCUUGAAGAGUAUGAAGAGUAGGGGUAUUCAACCGAGUAGCGAUUGUUAUUAUUCAUUGGUGUAUUUCCUGUGCCAAGGAAAGGAUUUCGAUGCUGCCUUAUCCAUUGCUAAGGAGAGUAUGGAGAAGGGUUGGGUCCCGAAUUUUGGGACAAUGAAGUCGCUCGUGGAGGGACUUGUGGGAGUUUCGAAGGUUGAUGAGGCUCGAGAGGUUAUUAAACAAGUCAAGGAGAAAGUCACAAAGAAUGUCGAAAUGUGGGAUGAAAUUGAAGCUGGCUUGCCUCAGUAAAAAGAAUUGCUUGGUGGUGCAAGCUGAAUGAGAUUAUGGAAAUUUAUUUGAUGAUCACGAAAUGUAUUCAUGGGAAACGGAUAGAGGUUCCCAUGAUGUCAUCAACUCCAUUGUUUAGAAAGUUCUUUUGACCACCUCAUGGAGUAAUUUGUUUCUGUGUGCAUGUUAUCCUAAUCACGUACUUCAAGAGCAAGGGAACAAUUCUCUGUAAUAUUCUUGUAAAUAUACAUACAUUAAUGCAUUCACACUUUUAAACUUUUUACUUCUCAUUGUAAUGUGGGCAAGCCCUUACUUGACGACACUAAUGUGCACUUUAGAUCAUAUUAGAAUUGAAAAAACGAAAAAAGGGUAAAUAUUUCAUGUAUCAACUUGGAGGCCUUGAAUUUAUUUAAGUCCAGAACUUUAGUGGCAGUAGGUCCUGAUGUUAUAUUUUAAAUAUUUGGAUUCCUGGCAAUUAAGUAGGGAGCUGCUCAGGAGAUGCUAACUGACCCAAGGUCAUUAGCAUUACGCACUGUAUUAUGAAUGUGGAACAAAAUUUUGGGGAAAAAAAACUUCUAAUGUAUUUGGCAACCUGGAAUUCUAUACCGGCACUGAGCAAAAACUCUGAUUCAGCAAGGAUUCGUUUGAUUGAUAUAAGUGUUUAUGCUAUAGAAAGACUUUUUGAUUGAAAAAGAGCUGCUGUUAUGAGAUUCUUGUGGGUUCUGAUUCAGCAAGUUGUCUUUUGUGUUAUGCUUGAUCUGGAUAACUGAUAAGAAGCGGGAGUUUGUGGCCAUUAUCUAUCUGCAAGGUGCUUCGUGUACUUGGAGGAAGACUGUAUGGAGAUUCAUUUUGAACCCCUUAGUACCUCCUGGAAUGAGGUUUUUGAAGGAGGUUGUUUCCUUGAUGAUGUGUAUAGUAGCUACUUGUUUCUUGGUAGAAGCUUAUUGCCCUCUAGCAGGUUCCAGUGAUCUCUGGAAAAUUGGCAUAGAUUAAGACAUCUCAAGUUUGAUAUGUUAGUAGAUGUGCAUCAAGAGUUCCUCUUGAUAUUGCUUUUGAAGCUCUACUGUUGAUGUAAAUCUUGUUUGGUUGCAAUUGAACAUUUUAAGUCAUUAUUAUCUCCUUCUAGAGAGACUAUUGA